UGUAAGCAGUUCAUUCAUAUAUGUAAUACAUACGAGUAAGCAACAACUGUUGAAAGUUAACAUUAGACACUUAAAUAUUUUCCAGGCUAAUUUAAUAAUAUAAAUCAAAGUAAAAUGUCCAAAAAGGUCUUAGGAAUAUUGAUUUUUGAUGAGGUUGAAGUUUUGGACUUUUGUGGACCCUUCGAAGUUUUUUCAAUUACAGGAGUUUUAAUUGAGGACUCAUUUGAGGUCGUAACACUAGCUCAGAAACCUCAAAUCGUUGCAAGAAAUGGGCUCACCGUCGUGCCAAAAUAUAUUAUCGGAACUGAUGCAAUUCCAAAAUUGGACAUUCUACUUGUUCCCGGAGGAUUGGGGACUAUUACAGAAGCAAAAAAUGAAUCACUGAUUUCGUGGAUCAAGACGGUGGGUGAAAGUGCAGAUUUUGUGCUCUCCGUGUGCACUGGAGUUGCAUUGCUGGGAAAAGCUGGACUACUGUUGGAAGGAAUGGUCGUCACUACACAUCAUCUAGCUUUCGACCGAGUCCGUCCAGCAUGUCCCAACGUAAAAUUCUGCAAAUGUAGACGGUUCAUUGAUAAUGGCAAAGUGCUCACCUCAGCAGGAAUUUCUGCCGGGAUCGACCUGUCAUUUUAUUUUGUAAAGAAACGUCUUGGUCUUGAGGCAGCGAGGAAGGUUGCAAAGCACAUGGAAUACGAUUGGAAAGACGAGGACAUGGGAAACUGUUCUUGUCAGCUAGAUUAACAAAAAUACAUAAUAUUUCAUGCAUAGCACGAACUAAAUAAAAUGUACUGUGCAAUGAAAUAAUUAUGCAUGAUGAGGGCCAAAGGAUAUGUUAUUAAAUAAAAUUGAUCGAUUGAAUUAUUAUGAAUGAAUCAAUUGCAUUACACUAACAAAA